CUUCUAUUCUAUACAUCACUUACAGCAACAACACAAACAGUAACUGUCAAAGAACCAUCAAUUACACAAUAUACACAAAUCUAUGAAAAAUAUUCAAAAACUGUGUCUUGCCCAUGUUCGACGAUAAUUGUCCCAUACGCUAAUUUCUUACAACUUCAACCAACCUAUCAUCAAAUAUGUUCAUCAGAUUUUGUUAAACAGAAAUGGUUUGAUUAUAUCGAAAAUUACGCUGGAUCAGAUGACUAUCAUCUGAUAUAUGGUUAUGAUUUUCGUGCAUUGGGACCAUCUCUGAUGCAACUACUGAAAUUGUUUUGUCAAUUGUCACAAUCAACAAUUAUUGAUGGAAUGCAAGUAUUUUAUUCGACUAGAUAUGCUACUGCUACUGUUACGCCAUUCGAAUUAUUUUCUACAGAGUUUGAUGGAAAUAUCCGAUUAUUUAUAUCAACAACCACUAAUACAUUUAUAUCAUCAUUACAAUUGAUUAGUGGUACAACACAAGGUAAUGAACUAUGGUCAUUUUAUAGUACUAAUGGUGCUGCUACAAUAGUAUUUACAUACGACAUUGCAGUUGCUUAUAUGGAUUAUACUAAUGGUGCAAAUGGUCAAGUUUGUUCCUGUUCAACUACAAAUAAAUGUAUUGGACAAUUAUCAAUUUACAAUGAUAGCCUUAACAAUCUAAUUAAUGGACGCGAAAUAAGUAUAUUUAAUAUUACUGGUAUGUUUAGGGGUUGUUAUUUAAUCGAAGCAUUAUUACAAUCAACAUUAGAAUGUUUUUAUCAACAACAAUGUUUAAGACAAUUAGAAUAUCAUCUAAAUUCGACAUCAAAAGUUAAUAUAACUUUACUUAGUCUAUCUGUUAAUAGUACGUAUCAAUCAAAUACAACUAUUGGUGAUAUUGUUUACCAAUUGAUGGUUGAACAAUGGAAUCCAAAUGUAUCCUAUGAUCAGUAUUAUCAACAAUGUCAACCAAAACAAUGUACAUAUACAUAUGUGCAACGAUUUGUUCUUAUUUACAUUAUAACAACAAUCUUAGGCUUAGUAGGUGGCCUAACAACAAUUUUUAGAAUACUAGUACCAAAUAUAGUUAUAUUUACUAGAAGAAAGAGAAAUAAGUCCAAAACCACAACAAUAACAGGUAAUAAAUCUGUCAUAGUCAAAUUCAACUAUUAUAUAAUAAUCAGGCAUGUCCGAUGCGUUAAGACGCAACAUCUUUACGUCUUUUACCUCUCUAACGUCUCUGCGUCUUUGCGUAAAGACGUGAAAGCGUAAAAACUUUCGUGAGUUUGAACGCAUUGCAACGUUUACGCUUUUCCAAAGUCGUAAUGGGGUAACGCUCUCGACAUGUAUGCUAAAAUGUGGAAAAAAUAACAUGUAGUUCAAAUGUCUUUGUAGAAAAUGUCGAGCAACAGUUCUCCAGGUUCCCACUAGGUAUGCAUCGGUAUCGGUAUGAAUACCGAUACCGAAAAUACUGAACUCCGGUAUAUACCGAUAUUGAAAAUACCGACUUUUUUCACUUGGAAUUUUUUGGAGUUUUUCAUUUGAAAUGAGAUGUUUUAGCGUCCUGGACACGCAGAAAGAAUCAGGACGGAAAACAAGAGCUUUGUUUGCUUUCUAAAGCCAAAGUUUUUCUUUUUUUGUUAUCGGUACAUGCUCAAAAUACACAGCUGAGUGUUAUUUAUACGUUCUGCUUGUUCAGGAUGCUAAAAUACCUCAUUUCAAAUGAAAAAAUCCAAAAAAUUCCAAGUCAAAAAAAGUCGGUAUUUUCGGUAUCGGUAUAUACCGAAGUUCGGUAUUUUCGGUAUUCGGUAUACCGACACCGGUGCAUACCUAGUUCCCACUGUGUUAGAGACUUUGUUUUUUCUAUUGUUGGUAAGAUCUGAACUACAAAAAUAUAUAAAUUGAAACUUCUAAGAAGGAAAUCUUAGAUAGAAAAUAUUCAAAAACAGAAAGACCUCACAAUUGUCUUACAACUACCAUCAUUUAUCAACUUCUCUAGAACGUUAUAAUCUUUAAGAAAGUAUUAAGAACAGUACGCAUGUACACAUUUGUUUUGGCUCUUUUUGUUGAACUAAAUGAUAUGAUCUUUCUCUUUUGUUUUGGGCAAGACAUUAAUCAAUUUUCGUAAUAAUAACAAAACUUGAUUAAUUUACCUUAAUUGACUUAUUACAAUUUGAAAACAAACUUCCUUUUAUUUUUCAAACUUUAGCAUCUGGUACAGCAUCUAGUUCUCUACAAAUAAGUAUAAUUUUAAUUUCAUUUUGUUCAAUACUUGGGCGAUAGCAGUUAGCUCUUAUAGUGCCCUAAUUUUUGAUUAUAAAUACUGGAUUGUGAAGAGAGAGAGAUUUUUUUAAACGUUUUCUAGUUCCAUUGAAACAGAUGCUGCUAAUUUUAUAAAGUAGUGGUCCAAUCGAGUUUUUCAAGCGCUACAUUUCCUUGCAUUUGAUUUGUACACGGUGUUGUAAACUUAUUUUAAACUCGCAGCAAAAAUACUCAAGUCUUUCACAUUGUAACACAAUUGUUGAGAGCUUUUUGUUUUUGAAUAUUUUCUAUGUAAAAUUUCCUUCUUAGAAAUUUCAGUUUUUUUAGUUCAGAUCUUGAACUCAGCAAGGAAAAAAAUCAAAAUCUCUAACACAGUGUGAACCCAUAGAAACAUUGCUUGACAUUUUGUGCAAAGACUUUUGCACCUCAUGUUAGUCCCAAACGUUCUCUGCAGACCUGUGCAAGCCUCAGUUCUCGAGCUAUAAUGACUUAGGCAACGAAAAAUGUCCUUGUGAUUCGCCUAAUCAUGUCUUUUAAGUUCAAUAAUCUUCAAAAUGAUUGAAUGAAAUGAACAUGUUAUCAACCGUUCUAAGUAGUCUCAGACUCCUGGUAAUACUCGAGUUAUGAUCAGAAUUUACAGGAGGGACAGAAGAAAAGUUUCGGAAAAACUCCGAGUUUCGAACACUGAAUCUAGAAAAGCAACUUUCAGACUUCUAGGACCGAAAGUGGAUUGUUCCCGGUGUCUAAAACCGGUACGUGUUGAAAGCGUGCAUCAAACUUUGUGGCCCUAAUUCAAGCUUUCCCAAAGGAGC